AUGUCGAGCCUUGAGGUGGACAAGCCGCGGCAGCAGAGAUCACGAGUGUACACUCAGUGGCCUCUCCAGAGUGGCCGCUGGGUGGAAGUUCUCCAUCACCACCGGCUGGACCUCCUGCAGAUUAUUGCUUUCGAUGAACUGGGCACCGACUUCAAGAACCCCAUCGACCAGUGUAAUCCUAUCCGCGCGAGAGAGAGACUGAGGAACAUCGAGCGGAUCUGCAGUCUGCUGCGUAAGCUCGUUCUACCGGAAUAUUCCAUCCACGGCCUGUUCUGUGUCAUGUUCACCUGUGCGGGAGAGUGGGUGACCCUGGGGCUGAACAUCCCACUGCUCUUCUACCAUCUCUGGAGGUACUUCCACCGGCCCGCUGACGGCUCGGAGCUGCUGUACGACCCAGCCUCGGUCAUGAGUGCUGAGAUCCUCAAUUACUACCAGAAGGAAUCCUGGUGCAAGCUCUCCUUCUAUCUCAUCUCCUUCUUCUAUUACCUGUACAG